UCAGCCCAAAGAACAGUAUUCGUCUUGCGGAUAUCAUUGGCGUUGUGUAAUCAAAUAGACACUAUAGUAGAUCCAGCUUCAAGGAUGUACCUGGGUUCGAACUCCCACACCCCUGACCCACGAGGUGGUGGUGGUGGUGGGGCUGGAUGGCGAGGGCGAUCAAGCAGAAUGACUGCCAGAUCCAGUUAUGUAUCCGAUGAUGAUAGUAAUGAUUCCGACUCUGAUUCACAGGGUUCCAAGACUUCCAUGUCGGGCAAGCAGGAGAUGGGGGCACGCCUGGAAGAUGAGAUGAACAACGAUCAUUUGCAGAAGCUACAAGAAAUAUUCGAGGAAGCGGAUGAAGAUGGAGGUGGUGGUUUAGAUAUUGAUGAGUUCCGCGGUGCCAUGCGUAAGAUCAUGGGCGAGGGUAUGGUGGACGACAAAGAACUGGCAAUCGUCUUCAUGAAAGUCGAUGCAAACUGUGACGGCACAGUCGAUUGGGAUGAGUACUUAUCUUACAUGCUUCUUGAGUACCAGGAACGAGAUCACAUGAGUAACCUGUUCAAAGAUAUUCCGUUUCCUAAACCUCUGAAAAAUAUCCCAAGCAACCAUCGUGACGUGAUUGCUAAGAUUGGUUUUUAUCAAACUAUCAACCUUCGCCAUGGUGGAAUCGCUGAUGAAGGCGAACAUAAUGGAAGGCAUAUCUCAGUCAGCAAAGAAGGCACUAUCAACUUCUGGAACAUGGAGAUGAACCUCCUCAAAUCAGUCACGUUGGAGCUGCCUCGAGAAAAGACUAAACCAAUGUGGCUUACAGAUAUGAUAUGCAUGCCAAACGUCAACAUGAUUGCUAUAUCAUCUACCGAGAGAGAAAUCAGUUUCUUUGAUGUCAAUGCAAGUAAAUGUGACAAAUGUUUCCAAGUGGCUGGUUUGGAACACUGCGCACUCACCAUGGAUUACUGGUUUGAUCCUCGCAAUAUGAACAAAGCGGUUCUGGUAUUCGGUGAUGCUGGUGGUGGUGUAUACUGUAUCGUGUUUCAAGAGGCUCUGGGUUCAGCUCUCUUCGGAUCACAGAACGCCAAAUCAGUGGGCUCCAGGAGAGUACCAUUCCAGGAACUACUCAAAGGUCUUGUCAAAGGCAUCCAGGUUCUAAAAUUUUCGCCUCUUCAUGAAGAUUGGGUUCGGAAAGUGAAGUAUUGCUGCAAUCUAAAUUCGUUUGUAUCGUGUGCCACUACAAACGAUACAUCGAUAUUCAUUGGUGAUUUGGACAGGAAGAAAUCUGGCUCAUUCUUCAAGAUCCGUAAAGGCAUCCUUUGCUUCGACUAUGACAAAGACUCAAAUGUAAUCGUGACUGGAGGGAUGGACCGAUCGGUAAGAACAUGGAAUCCUUAUGUGACGACCAAGGCGACUUCAGUGAUGAAGGGACACACAUCAGCUGUCGUACACGUGGUCAUCAAUACCCAACAUGGCCAGAUCAUCAGCGUUGGAAAAGACAAAGGUAUCAAGGUAUGGGAUAUGAGAGACCAAACAUGUCUUCAGAACAUCAACCCUAGGAAUAUUAACCUUGGACCACACGCAAUCAGCUCAAUAUGCUUCCACGCCAAGACUGGAUCACUUAUACUAGGAACAAAUCAGCUUGCUUUACUCGAACACAAGUGGGAGGUUGAAGGUGAUGAAGAUGAGAUGACGUCACACAAUCGACCGAUCACCCACUGUCUAUACAACAGCCUCUUCAACCAGGUGGUCAGUGGAUGCCAUGAUUCUGUGGUCUGUGUCUGGGACCUGGCAACGGGUACCAAGACCAUUCAGUUCUCAAAUGCCCACAAGUACAUGGAGAAGGGCGUGGAGAAGUGCGCAGAGAUCACAGCGAUGACCUUUGAUCCCACCGGGCGUCGUCUGGUCACAGGAGGCAGGAAUGGAACGGUCAAGAUCUGGAACUUCAACAACGGUGCCUGCCUCAGGGAACUGGAGACAUUUGACAACCUUGAGGUGACCGGGAUUUGCUGCCCCAAGCAGAGGAUCGUAACAGCUGGCUGGAAUAAAAGGAUAACAAGUUACAUUGAUUCCGAUGACGAUGAGGACACACGUCAAUGGGCACUCAAGCACAAUGAAGAUAUCCUCAGCCUUGCAUGUUCAAACACCAGUCGUUCACUCGCAACGUCAUCCUACGACGGCGACAUUUGGGUGUGGUCAUUAGAGACGACACACCCUCUGUGCAAGCUGAAUGCCUUCGAGGGGGUCAAACCUCAGACAGGUUCACGCAUGCUGAGCGUUUCCCGUGAGACAAGCUUCCAUACCAAUGGAGACACAUCCGUUUAUUCCAGUAGCUCCUCAAGACUUCCAACAAUUACGAGAAGUAGUUCAAGGGACAAGCUUAACGGGGAGGGCGUCCAAGAGAAUGGUGACAAUAUAAGUCUUUCAAAUGACAUUGCCAAGUUGUCUGUCUCAAAUGACGAGGAUGAAAAGACUAAAUUACCAGCAAUAGAUCCUCAGAAAGUUGGUCUGAUACAGGAGCGGGCUGCAAACCUCAAGGAAGAAUCACAGACUUUCUUUACAGAAAGCAUCGGACCAAGAACCAAAGAUUCUCGGCAAAAGAAUGAAACUGAGACAAGAGAAAAGGAGAAUGCCAAAAAUGCCAAAGGAAAGGAGAGGAGAGAGAAGGACCAAAGUGACCGGCCAAAACGAGAGAGUUCCUACUGUCUUGGUGCAAAGAACAGAGAAGACUAUGUCAGGAAACAUGAAGCUUCAGUUGACAAGCUAUUAUUUCUUCAAUCACGGACGAACGACAAAGACACGGCAACUCUGAUGGCGAGUGGAUCGGAAGGCUGGGUCAGAGCUUGGUCCAUCCAUCACAAAGGAGGACUCCUAGGGCAAUUCAAUGCUGCUCAUAAACCGGGAGAAUCCGUGCUAGCAAUGGCUACAGAUUCUGAGAAUGAGAUCCUCAUUACAGCUGAUACAUUAGGAUAUGCUAAGGUAUGGGACAUUUCGGAAUACUGCAUCGGUAAGCGAGAGAUGGCUCGUCGCGAGCGAGAGAACAUAAAAGUUGACUACAAUGAACGAGAAAAGGAAUAUCCAUACCUAUCGGGCAACAGCACCCUCAAACAGCUAUCUCUAAGGAAGGAGAUGAGAUCUCGAGCCAACAUGAAACAACCUCCACCUCAGAGUAACCCAAAGGACACAUUGCUCUUCCCGCCCAAACUCAAUUCCUUCCGGGCUCAUCUCAAAGGAAUUACAUACGUUGAUUAUGCUGAAGACAAGCGCCUGAUCAUAACUGGAAGCAUUGACUAUUCCAUCAGGCUCUGGACUGUAUGCGGUAGAUACAUAGGUACGUUUGGUCAGAAAGGUGGAUGGCCUAAACUGCCCGAUGAGAUUGACCCUCGUAGUCUAUCCCGAGUGAUUCCUCGUGAUGUUCAGAGGGUAGCUUCAGCUGUAACCCUCAAGGUCCUCAAUGGAGGAAACAACCCAAGAUGGAAACUUGCCAAGACGAUCAUGAUGGUUGUUGGACGGAAGCAGAUCCGACAAGAUGAGUUUGAAGAUUCCAAUUCCAACAGUGAUGGCGUGGAUGAUAUUGAACAGGCCGAAGAGAAGAGGCAGUCUUCUUGGGGUACGAGCUCCAUCUUAGGGAAGUCUUACAAACCAAAGACCAGGCAUAAGAUGCCUCCAAUUCUUCCAGAUAUCAAACACAAUCAAAGUCAGGUGAUGGUAUACUCCUCCCUCCCGUUCACCAACCUGACCCCCGUGAAGGAUCCGACCGUUCCAGCGACCUUACAGGAGAUUCAGCUACGGCAUCAGUCAUCCGACGACACCAUGAACAACCAGCUGGCAGGGGGACCGGCAGGCCAGCUCAAGAGAGGCGGCAAGAAAUCCCGCCUGCACGAGUUCAUCCAGAAGCAUAGGGCCGUCAAACUGAUGCAGAAGCGUGGAUCGAAGCAGGCUCAAACCAAAUAA